AUGAAAUUAUUUGAACGAUAUAUCAGAUUAAUUAAUGGAUAUUUAGCAUAUUUCCGAAAACACAGAAGAUAUAAUGCUGAUGAUAAUCUUGUUGACUCAGCAUUAUCUAAGUUAAAAGCAUCACAACCAAAUGUAUUCAAUUAUUUCUUGAGUGUUUCUAAACAACAAAUUGGCAAAAUAAGAAUUAGUUUUAUUCCAGGAACAAAAACAGUUUCAAGUCAAUUUGUUCUAUUAGGAGAAGAUGGAUUUAAAUGGAAUGGAAAGACAUUUAAUACAAUAGAUAAGUUAGUAGAAGAAUUUAAAAAAGAAGUAACUAAAAUUCUACAAAAAACAAUAAGUCUAAAUCAAUUAUUUUAG